CUAUGCCUGUUGGUCUGAGACUGUUGGUGGUCUUUUACUUUUGGUCUUUUACUGUUGAUCUAUUACUGUUGGUCUGUGGCUGUUGGUCUGUGACUGUUGGUCUUUUACUGUUGAUCUAUGUCUGUUGGUCUGAGACUGUUGGCAUUUUACUGUUGAUCUAUGUCUGUUGGUCUGAGACUGUUGGUGGUCUUUUACUUUUGGUCUUCUACUGUUGAUCUAUGUCUGUUGGUCUGAGACUGUUGGUGGUCUUUUACUUUUGGUCUUCUACUGUUGAUCUAUGACUGUUGGUGUAACUGACGUUGAAAUGUUUGUGUUGGUUGCCAUGACAACACCAGCAGCGCAUCGGAGAUCGGUACGUUGUCUCUGUUUUGUUUUCUUUAUUUGGUACUCAUAUUGUGGACCUGUGCAGUGGAGUUAUACGUCUUUCUUAUAAGAAAUGUUUCUGUUGAGAUUGUUGUGAGGUAGUCGCUUCCUGUGAGUCGCGGGAGAGACGACACGGAGCGGUAACACGGCGGACUUUUGGAACAUACAUCUUUUCUACUGCUGGGUUUACAAGGCGUACACGUUUUCACGGUGCUCCAUGAUGGUGAGAGAGAAAUAAAAGAAUUGUGGACAUCAGUACGAAGCGUGGAUUCUUUCGACCCGAGUAGAAACAGUGAAAACGUUGGCCCAAUCCAUCUGGAGGCUUCGGUGCGCAGAGCUCUCGUCAUCCUGCAGCAAGCUACAGUGAGCUACAGGCUUCAGUGGACACGUUGCUUUGCAUUUUGGAGCAACCAAUCAGGAGCUGCAUAUUCAGUGGACACUUCAAGAAGCGGUUUCAAGAAGCGUGAGUCAUCAGGCUAUAUUACGCAGCUGUUAUGCCUCCUGUGUUGAUGGAUAGAACAUGAGCUACAAAUUUGCUAUAAUGGACAAGAAAUUAAUUGUGUUCAAACUUCAGACUGUGUAACAAAAAAAAGAAAAAAAAAAAAGGACAAUCUGUUCAAGUCCUGGAAUUUAUUGUUGUUUUCUUACUUAUUGUUUGCAAGCUUUAAGAAGGCUGAAACUGAAGUUUAUUUACUGUCAUAUGUAAGAAACUAAGCUAAGGUGCCUUGUGUUAAUUUUAAUAAUUCUCCACCUAUUGCAUCCAUUCCAUUCUUGUAAUUACCUUAGAUAUCUUGUCCCUUCAUAAGAUACCCCUUUUAAAGUCUGAAAAUGUCUAAAGAUGACCAUAGUCAUCCUAAUGUUAUGUCAAAAGUCCAAGAUGCAGGGGAUAUGAAAGAGGAAAGAAGUGUAGUGUCUGAGAAAUCUGAGACAAAAACAAGAAAAUCCUCUCGUGAAAGGCGAUUAACACCAAAAAUGCAGGAACUGAAAGAUCAAGAGUUAACUCAAAAGGAGAAGAGGUUCAAAGCAACAUAUGAGAAGUGGAGAAGCAACGUAAGAGACAUUCGCACAAGGUUAAAGCAAGUAUGCUCUGAGAGUGACAUGUAUAAUAUGAUGGAUGAGGCUGAGAAGCAAGAGUCUGAAUUAAAGGAACAGUAUGACAGAAUUCGACUCCAAACCUCACCAAGUCAAGAAAUUCGAAGAAAGAUUGAUGCAUGCUCAGCUGUGACAGCCGACUUGCUGCAGCUGAUGAGAGUACGUCUCACUGAAGAUGAAGAUGAGUUUGACACAGUGGCAGAAAGAUCAAGGUUACGCAUGCUACUUGAUAAUGAAUAUGCUAGGUCCAUAUAUGGAUCCACAGCUUCCAGAGUUACUGCACCCAGCUGUCACAAUUCUAAACAUCUCUCAGAGUCACCUAGCAUUUCGGCUAUGAGGGCGGAAGCGGCUGCUCAGCUGGCUGCAAAGAGAGCUGAAGUUGAUAUGGAAGCUGCCAUCGAAGCUCAACGUCAGCAGUUGAGAAAACUGGAAAACCAGAGGGACAUUGAUGUAAUUCAGGCAAGGCUAAAUGUCUACACUGAAGAAGAGGAAAGGGAUGGGACACACAGUCCUCCAUUCAGCAAAGUGAGUGAUGCACACCCCUUCGCUCACCACAUCCCAGAUCAAGAACGGCAGGUUGUGCAAAACGAGACAUCAUUGGUCAAAUCGCUACAAGAGUCAUUAGCUCUCACCCGCUUGCCAACUCCAGAACCUUCUGUAUUCUCGGGUGAUCCUCUGAAGUUUACAGAAUGGAGCAUGAGCUUCAAAGCCCUCAUAGAGAGACGAUGCUCUGACCCUGCAGACAGGCUAUUCUACCUGCAAAAGUACAUAGCAGGCGAGGCAAAAUCUUCUCUUGAAGGCAGCUUCUACAGAAAAGAUGAAGAAGCCUAUCAACAGGCAUGGGAUAGGUUAAAUGCUAGAUAUGGCCAUUCCUUUGUAGUACAGCGGGCUUUCAGAGAGAAGUUAAAUGGGUGGCCGAAGAUUGGAGGAAAGGAAUAUCUCAAGCUAAGAGAGUUCAGUGAUUUCCUCCAAACAUGUAGUAAUGCAAUGCCCCACAUAAAGGGCUUACAGGCUCUUAACGACUGCGAGGAGAAUCAGAAAAUAUUAGUCAAGCUUCCUGAUUGGGUGACAUGUAGAUGGAACCGUUACGUUACAGAGCAGCUAGAUCGGGGCAACGACUAUCCAAGCUUUCAUGAGUUUGCUUCCUUUGUCUCUAAGGAGUCACGCAUAGCAUGCAAUCCAGUGUCAUCCUUACAUGCCUUAAGGCACUCUGCAGAGGCACCACCAAGAGAAAUGAAGUGUUCAAAAGCAAACACGUUUGCCACAAAUGUGAAACCUUCAAUUCCAUCAAGCUCCACCACCAAAUCUGACCCUGGUCAAAUCAAGUUGGGAGAUGCAGAGAAACCAAAGAAAUGGAACACACCAACACAAAAUUACAAUAGUGACCAGUGUAUUUGCUGUAGUGAGAACCAUUCCAUACAUAAAUGCAAGAGGCUUAUGGACAUGCCUGUAGAGGAUAAGAAAAAAUGCAUACUUGAAAAUAAGUUGUGUUUUGCAUGUCUAAGAAAGGGUCACAAUUCUAAAGACUGUAGAAACAGGUCCACAUGUAGCAUAUGCAAAAAGAGUCACCCAACGCCAUUGCAUGAAGAUCGUUCUACAGCAGGAGAAUCAUCAAUUCAGGGUGCAGUGGAAGAAAGCACGUCAUCUUUAUCAUGUUGUGUGAGUGGAGGUGAAGGUGGAAGUACGUCGAUGAUAGUCCCAGUGUGGAUCUCAACACUUAGUGCUCCGGACACUGAAACCCUAGUGUAUGCACUAUUGGACACUCAAAGCAGUCACACAUUUGUUGAUCAGGAGGUGUGCGAAAAGCUAAAAGCAGCAAUGGAACCAGUGAAACUUAAACUUUCCACCAUGAUGGGGAGAGACUCAGUGGUGAAGAGUCAAAGAGUAUGCAAGCUCAAAGUUAGAGGAUUUUCCUCUAACGUUUCCAUCAAUUUGCCUCCAGCCUACACAAGGGACUUCAUUCCUCUUGACCGUGCACAUAUUCCCACUUGUCAGACAGCCAACAAAUGGAAACACCUUGUAAGCAUGGCCCAAGAGAUACCCCCGUUGAUGGACUGUGGUGUUGGAUUGUUGAUUGGAUAUGACUGCUCCAGAGCGUUAAUUCCAAGAAGGGUCAUCACUGGGGGCGACUAUGAGCCUUAUGCUAUUGAGACGGACCUUGGUUGGAGCAUUGUGGGAAGCGCACCACAGCGUGUGCAAGCUAAAGAUGUGACUGGUUUUUGCCAUCGAGUGUCUGUCAGAGAGAUGCCACCCAUAACGCCAUUUGCUGUCAUCAAGGCCCUAGAGUCCGAUUUUGCAGACACAAAAUCUGGUGACAGAAGCAUAUCUCAAGAAGAUAUAUGCUUCCUGCAGAUCUUGAAAGAGAGGAUCCAACAAAAUAAGGAGGGUCACCUGGAGAUGCCUCUCCCUUUCAAAGCACGUCCACAUCUCCCAGACAACAAAAGGCUGGCAUUAGUACGGUUGAAGCAUCUAAAGAGGAAGCUGGACAGAGAUCCCAAAUUCAAAAUAGACUACGUGAGAUUUAUGGAAGGUGUCUUCAAGGAUGGAGAUGCAGAGAAAGUGGAAAACCAAGCAGAGCUGGGGAAAGUGUGGUAUAUCCCACAUCAAGGAGUUUACCACCCCAGAAAACCAGGCAAAAUCAGAGUGGUUUUCGACUGCUCUGCAAGGUAUGAAGGCACCUCCUUAAACGACCAUCUGCUAACAGGACCUGACCUCACAAAUAGCCUAACAGCUGUGCUGUGCCGCUUCCGUAAAUAUCCCAUCGCAGUCAUGUGUGAUGUGGAGAAAAUGUUCCACAGGUUUCAUGUGAGCGAGGAUGAUAGAGACUACCUGCGAUUUCUCUGGUGGGAAAAUGGAGACACAAACUCAGAACCCAGAGAGUACCGCAUGAAGGUUCACCUGUUUGGAGCAUCAUCCUCCCCUGGCUGUGCCAAUUAUGGCAUGAAACACCUUGCCAGCCAAUGUGAGAAAGAGUACCCCUCCGCAGCUAGCUUCAUCCAGAAACAUUUCUAUGUCGACGAUGGUCUCAUAAGUGUAAAGUCGGUGGGUGAGGCAAUUGAACUGGUCAAAGAUGCCCAAGCUGUGUGUGCCAAAGGAAAGCUGCACCUUCACAAAUUUCUCUCCAACAGUCGAGAGGUCCUUGACUCAGUGGAGGUUGCAGCGUGUGCUACGGAGGUGAAGAAUGUUGAUCUUAAUCACAAUGAUUUGCCAGUUCAAAGAGUACUAGGUAUAAGGUGGAACAUUGAAAAUGAUAGCUUCUCCUUCAAGGUGUCACUUGAGGAGAAACUGGCAACGCGCCGAGGGAUCCUCUCAAUUGUGGCCUCCUUGUAUGACCCUUUGGGGUUUCUAGCCCCAGUCAUUCUUGAAGGGAAAAGAGUGCUGCAAGAGAUGUGUCAGAGAGGCACAGGGUGGGAUGAGCCACUACCCAAAGACUUGAAGUUAAGGUGGGAGACUUGGAAGAAGGAUUUGGAGAACCUGGAAAGAAUUGAAAUUCAAAGAUGCUUCAUACCUGACAGCCUUGGUGAGAUUCAGAGAGCCGAGCUUCAUCAUUUCUCUGAUGCAAGCAGUCAAGGGUAUGGCCAGUGCUCUUACAUCAGAGUAGUAAGCAGAGAAAGGGUAUGCUGCUCCUUGGUCAUGGGCAAGGCGAGGGUUGCACCAACCAAAAUAGUCACCAUACCGAGGCUAGAAUUAACUGCAGCAGUAACCUCGGCAUCUGUGAGCAGCAUAUUAAGGGAGGAGCUAGAGCUCAAGAUUGAUGACGAAUAUUUUUGGACAGACUCAAAGGUCGUGCUUGGUUACAUCAAUAAUGAAGCAAGAAGGUUCCAUGUGUUCGUGGCAAAUCGUGUUCAGAAAAUUCGAGAAAACACAGAUGCACGGAAAUGUUAUUAUGUGGACACAGGAGAAAACCCUGCUGAUCAUGCAUCGAGAGGCCUCAAAGUAGCUGACCUCAUCAAGUCAAAUUGGUUCUCUGGCCCAGGCUUUCUAUGGGAAAGAGAGAUAGCCACCAAACAGGCUACUUCAGAUUUGCUGGUGGGAGACCCAGAGGUGAGGACUACUCAGGUGUUGAAGGUUGAGGCAGCAAGACAGUUUGACAUCCAGAAGCAUCUGCUGCGGUUCUCAAGAUGGGCUACAGCUGUCAACGUCAUUGCUCGUAUCCAGCGGCUGGCAAAGAGGAUCAGGACCGCUGAACCUUUAAACGUGGAAGAGAGAAAACAAGCUGCACAGACUCUUGUCAAGCUUGCACAACAAGAUGCCUUUCAAGAGGAGUUAAACACACUCAGCCAGAAACUAGGAAGGCUGCCUUGCAACCACCCACUCUUUCAGCUUGACCCAUUCCUCCAAGAUGGCAUAAUGAGAGUAGGAGGAAGAUUAAGGAAGGCAUCUGUGCCUCUCGAGUUAAGACACCCUGUGAUCCUUCCUAAAGAUGGUGCUGUUACAAACCUCAUCAUCGCACACCAUCAUACCAAGAUACAACACCAAGGCAGAGGACAAACCCUCAAUGCACUCAGAGUCAAUGGUUACUGGAUCGCUGGUGGAAGUAAGGCUGUGGCCCAAUACAUCAGGCAGUGCGUACAGUGUAGGAAAGCCCGCACGCCACCAGAGGAGCAACGAAUGGCAGAUCUACCUAGUGACCGUGUUGAUCCCACACCACCAUUCACUUAUUGUGGUAUGGACUGCUUUGGUCCUUUUCACACCAAACAGGGUCGCAAAGAUCAAAAACGGUACGGCCUCCUCUUCACAUGUUUUUGCUCAAGGGCAGUGCAUAUAGAGAUGCUGGAGGAUUUGACGACUGACGCAUUCAUCAAUGCUUUGCGCUGCUUCAUUGCCCUUCGUGGAGCUGUUAGACACAUUAGGUCUGAUCAGGGAACUAAUUUUAUGGGGGCAAGAAACGAGAUGGCAAAGGCUCUGAAAGAACUUGAUAAGGAAAGAGUGACUGCAUACCUGGCAGAAAAACAGUGUGACUUCCAGAUGAAUACGCCCCACUCUAGUCAUGCUGGAGGCGCAUGGGAGCGCCAAAUCCGGACAGUGAGAAGCGUACUGAGCACGGUCCUUGCCUGCAGUGUGGGAAGGCUGGAUGAUGCCUCAUUAAGGACAUUCCUUUAUGAAGCUAUGUGCAUCGUGAAUAACCGCCCACUCACUGUUGAUAACAUCAACGACCCCAAAAGCUUGGAGCCACUCACACCGAACCACUUGAUCACCAUGAAAUCCUCAAUCCCACUUCCACCUCCAGGUAAAUUUGUCAAGGAGGACCUGUAUGCUAAGAAACGGUGGAGAAGGGUCCAAUAUCUGACUGAGCAAUUUUGGCACAGAUGGAGAAAGGAAUACCUGGCCAAUAUUGCUCUGAGACAGCGAUGGCAUACACCAAGACGUAAUGUGGAGGUGGGUGACAUUGUGAUUCUCAAAGAAGAAGAUGUUCCUCGCAAUGAAUGGAAACUCGCUAGGGUUGUGGAAGCACAUGAGGAUGAUGAUGGACUUGUACGGAAGGUGACAAUCCAGACUGGUGAUAGGAAAUUAGGAAAGAGAGGCGAACGCCUCGUCCAACCAUCCAUCAUUCAAAGACCCAUUCAGAAAUUAGUGGUCCUGGUAAAAAAUGAGAAAAAUAUGUCAUUCAUUGAUUAGAUUUCCCUUCUAAAAUACAAGUUGUCAUUAUGCUGUACUUCAUGCACAUGUUGUGGAGAUGUAAAUUCUGUUCAUAUUGUUGAAUUCAUUGUUUGAGAAAAGUAUAUUGUUUAUGUCAAUGCAAGAGUGUUUUAACAUAACAUGGUGCUUGGGAAUUACCAUUGAUUUAAUGAACAAUACAAGUGUAUUUACAUUCGCAAUUGUAAUAAUCAAAGGUAAUUGGUGGGAGUGUAACUGACGUUGAAAUGUUUGUGUUGGUUGCCAUGACAACACCAGCAGCGCAUCGGAGAUCGGUACGUUGUCUCUGUUUUGUUUUCUUUAUUUGGUACUCAUAUUGUGGACCUGUGCAGUGGAGUUAUACGUCUUUCUUAUAAGAAAUGUUUCUGUUGAGAUUGUUGUGAGGUAGUCGCUUCCUGUGAGUCGCGGGAGAGACGACACGGAGCGGUAACACGGCGGACUUUUGGAACAUACAUCUUUUCUACUGCUGGGUUUACAAGGCGUACACGGUAAAAAACGUUAUACUGUUCUUCGUUUAACACUUGUGCACUUGCGAAAGGAAAUAAGUGGCUGAGAUGAAUAUCAUAUGUGCUAUUGAUAUUAUUUUACUUGUUUCUAGUUUUCACGGUGCUCCAUGAUUGUGAGAGAGAAAUAAAAGAAUUGUGGACAUCAGUACGAAGCGUGGAUUCUUUCGACCCGAGUAGAAACAGUUGGUCUGAGACUGUUGGUUAUUGAAUGGCUUUUUUAGUCCAUGAACGCACCAUUACCACACAGCAAAAAAUAAUCCAACAUUUUUUUGAUCUAUGAACUCCCUAUUACAAACAGCUAAUUAACACUAGCAGGUGGAAGUUACCUAUGUGGAAGGUAGUAUGCAUCUGCUCUUUGAGAUAAAGUGAUCCAUGAGUGCCAGGUGACCUGUUCAAAACAUUCACACAGCACAACAAAAAAAUUGACCCAGAACCCAGAAACUGCAUUAGCAGUGGAUGCAGGAAGAGUGGCAGUAGGUGGAGACCUCUGGAGCAACUAGUGACCCCUAGCCAAUCAGUGACCAACAGUUACUGAUGCCACAUUUUUGGCGGGGUUCAGAGAGACCAAUGGUAAUCAGAAAUAAGAAAUGGUUUUUCAGUGAAGUAUCAUUUUAAGGGAAAACUUUACUAAAACAUUUCCACAUCUGCCACUUCUGCCUUAAACAACACUUUAUGUUUUUGCCAUUUCUUAAAGAUAUCUAGCCUCCUAAGAAAAACACAAGCUGAUGAUUUUCACUGUUUUCUUAUCUGUGAUUGUAGUUUUGGGAUUAGAUAGUAGAUAGUAGUAACAUCUACGUGACUGGGUUGGCAGAAUGGUGACAAUGUGAACUGAGAUCACUCUGACAGCCAUCUGCUGCAGGUAAGAUGCUGACUGAUGGUAAAUGAGAAAAGAAAUACUUAC